UUUUUUUUUGGUUGCUUUGCAGAAAUGUUAGUGUUGGUCCAUAAAUAUGUCAAGUUGUUAGUCAAUUUAUGAUUCAUAAAUUGGAACUUAUGCAUAUAUCAGGAUUACCCAAGCAAUUAAAGUUGUUAGUCAAUUAAUAUCAUUUGAGUCCAUUACAACUUUUUUGUUUUGUUCCUGCACUCCAGACCUCAAGAUUUGAGCUUUUGUCUUGUUCAGUUUUGAUUACAAUUGAUUAAAACCUCAUGAAAAAUCCCAAAAGCCACCGCUGCAUGACAAAGUUUCAUUUAUGCAAACAAGAGUCCAGAAGAUUUUGACAAGAAGCCAUUAUAUUUGGCUAGUGCAUGAUUCCAUUUCUUAUCUGCCAAGUGCUAACACCACCACCACAAGUAGCCAAAAGUUUUAUUUUUAAUUAUCUCUUAGCAAAAUAAAAGCUCUCAAUUGCUUUUAACUUCACCCAUGGCAGCAACGAAGACAUGUAUAACUUCAAAAAAAUGAAAACAAAAAGUCUAGAAUUAUGAGAUUGAUAAGUAGUUCAUUUCAUAUCUAAUUGUAUCUAGUCACAAACUCGUACUGCAUCAUAUCUAAUUAUCUUGUUAGUUCAAUUUUGUUACCAUGGUUCUCUUGCUCUUUACAUGUUCAGUUAGCUGCUUUGGUAGAAUGAUACUGAGGAAGGUGUUAAUUUGAGAGGAAGAGAUUCACUGAGAGAGAUAGAGAGGAGUAAUGGGAUUGAGAGGAUGAGAUGCAGCUUUUUGAAGUUGCUGAGAUAGCUUAUUUAGCAGGCAAGCAUAUGAUACCAUGCUCCAUGUUCUCUGCUUGGAACUUGACCAUGUUCAUCACAUGGAACUGAUGCAUGAUCGCGUUUUAAAAUAUCCAGAUCGUGUUCAGAAUUUGUACUUCGCAUUCCUCUUUGUUCUCCGGGCAGUGACAAGAGCUGCAGAUUACUUAGAGCAGGCUGAGUAUGAUACAGGUAAUCAUGAGGAAGACCUUAGAACAGAGUCUUUGAUGAGGCAGCUACUUUACAAUCCUAAACUCCAAGCUACAUGUCCCCUGCCGUUUGAUGAAGCAAAGCUCUGGAACAGUCAGAGCGGACCACAAUUGAAGCAAAAAAUUCAAAAGAAAUUCAGAAACAUCAGUGCAUUAAUGGAUUGUGUGGGAUGUGAGAAAUGUCGGCUCUGGGGAAAGCUUCAAGUUCUUGGUCUUGGUACUGCAUUGAAGAUCCUCUUUUCUGUGGAUGGUAAAAAUCAUCAAGAUCAACUUGUAUGUCCAGAACUACAGGGAAAAGGAGAAGUUGGAGCAUAGGCUCUAAAAUGCACAGUUGGAAAAGGAGGAUAAGAGGCAGAGCUUUCAGCAACAUUUUUUGGGGAUUGCAGAUAGAAAACGGACACAUAUCUUGAGGAAGAUGGAGGAAGAUCCCUGCAAAGCUUUUCUUGAAGUAGAGGAAGAAAAGUACCUUGUAUUAUCUUAUAAACUCUUGUAUAAAAGCUUCAUUGCUUUUGUAACAUUCAUGAGAAAAAUCCAAAUGUAACAUUCCCUUUUCAAUAUGUUGAAUUCCUUUUUGUACA